CAGGGUUAAUAAUCUGCUACAGUUUCAAAGAGAGGCUCAAAAACUUCUUCAGUGAAUAAACCAGUCAGUGGAUCCAUAUCUUUAUAAUGUCCGGGAAAGAUAUUAGUGUUGUCCUGUUUUUACUGAUCUUAGGAUGGGAUUGUGGAAAAGCGAUAAAAGAACUGAGUGACCAGGAGGUGUUCUGGGGAGCGGACCAGUACGACUUCGCCAUUGUGCUGCCUGCUUCAGACAUCGAGUGCUUCUGGCAUUUUGCACACCAAGGCGAACAUUUUUAUCUCAACUUUAUGGUACAGUGGGCAACAGGGGUGGGUGUUGAUAGACACCUGUCAGCCACUGUAAAUGCUCCAAGUGGCCUUAUCAUGGGUUUAGUAGAUGAAGCCACAGGGGAGAUUGCCUUCAAUGCUAAAGAGACUGGCUUUUAUCAGAUGUGCUUUAGCAACUUCCACAACCGUUUUGGCAGCAUGCAGAUCUUCUUGAACUUUGGUGUGUACUACCAGGAUUCAGGGAAUUCCAAGAAAGAUGACAAUGGGGAACAGUUGAAUAGCACACUCAAUACCAUCGACGUCAGCUCCAACCGGCUGCAGUCUUCUGUCUUCCACAUGUGGCGUUACUACAGCAUCGAGCGCAUGAGAAGAGCAACUGAUUAUUACCUGCUCCAAUCCAACUCGAGCUACAUCAGCACCUGGUCGGCUGCGCUCAGCCUCGUCAUUAUCCUGGCUGGAUACCUGCAGCUCUUCUUCCUAAAAAGGCUUUUCAACACCAAACAGACCACAGAGACGGAAAAACCCCGCUGUUGAGCAACACUUCAUAAAUGAUGGUCG